GUUGAUCAGCAAAUGGUAGGCGUGUUUGGAGACGGUAAUUAUUACUCUUUCUCGGGGCGACCGGCUUGGUUUCCCCCUCGACAAGAAAAUCGAUAUCUGACGAAUAUAUAAGCCAACAAACAUCAAGGCUUCCCAAGUGAAUUGAAUCGAGACAAGAAUAAGAAAAUGGAAUCGGAGGAUUCGGUGAAACAUCAAUUGGAGGAAUUGCAGAAACAUUUGGGGAAGAAGCAAAAGUUCGAGGAAGCUGUCUCCUCUCUUAAAUCCCUCCUUCAACAAAAGUAUCAAUUGGCUUCUCCCUCCCUUCGCAAAACCUUUUAUACGGCUAUAUGCCGAGUUGCUACUGUAUUGAAGACCAGAUAUACCGCGCCCGGUUUCUGGAAUGCUGGGCUGGGGCUUUUUGAGCAGGCUGAAUUGCUUGUUUCUGAUCCAUAUGAGAAGGAACACUUGAAGGGUUGCGUCUCUCAGGCGAGGGAAGAGUUGCAUCUAGAGGAUAAUCCGACACAGGUUUCACAGCCCGCUCAAAAUUCUGCCAAUGGAGGGUAUCUUUUUGAGGGACGUCUUACCGUAGAUCCUGAGCCACCUCAGCCUCAAUGGUUGGUGCAGUCAAACCUCUUGACAACAGCUGCUACGCUAUUUGCUGCUGAAUCAUCUCAAGGUUUAGCGGCAGAUGAUACUUCACGGGAAAAUGCUGCAAAUAUGCUUCAGGAUCUUCUAAAUAGAUUGGAAGAUGCCGUGCCACUGAUGCUGAGUGAUGGUCCAGUACCUCAUAAAGUCCCUCCUGCUAGCAAAGAAGUUGUGGCAAAACUUCCGGUCAUUGCUCUUACAGAGGAAAUCCUGACUAAGCUUGGGAAAGAUGCAGAGUGUUCAAUUUGCAAGGAAAACUUGGCUCUAAAUGACGAAAUGCAGGAGCUGCCUUGCAGGCACACGUUCCACCCACCUUGUCUAAAGCCAUGGCUGGACGAGCAUAAUUCAUGCCCUAUUUGUCGGUAUGAGCUGCAAACUGAUGACCAUGUCUAUGAGAGCUGGAAGGAGCGUGAGAAGGAAGCAGAAGAAGAGAGGAAGGGUGCCGAAAAUGCCAUUCGUGGUGGUGAAUAUAUGUAUGUUUAGUGUUCAUCUAUUUCGUGUAUGGUCGGCUAUUUUUACAAACUGCUACGUGUGAGUUGUUCAUUAUUGAAGGAAGAGUCACGCUCUUUCAAGUUUCUCAGGUGUCUACUUCUGUUGGCUGUUUCUUGAUAUUCUGUGUCCAUUUAAUUGUAUCUCGACUGAAUACCGAUGCAAAUCAUAAAGAAGGCUAAGUAAUUCUCUCUUCA